CAGUUUGACCAGCAGUCCUGCUUCAGCCAUGCUGGUCUCUUGCCUUCCUUUCUGACUUUCUACAGCUGGAGAUGGAGAGCUCUUGUACCCCAAGGAAAGCUUCCUAAAAGACCUGCCAGCAUAAUUUUGGGGUUGUGCCCACAACUGGAAAAUGUGAAUGUGGACCCACCCAGAUUGUGAAAUACCUGGGAAGAAAAGCCUGCGCCGGGAGCAAUAAAAAGGCGAGAGAGCGUGCAGGAGGGAUGAGUCCUGCCAGGAGCGCACCCGGCUGUCCACCUGCUGCAGACAUGGUGCACGCAACCUCCUCCCUGCUGCUGCUGCUGCUCAGCCUGGCUCUGCUGGCUCCUGGACACUCUGCCAAAAAGUGCUUGCUGACUGGGGUCUGGACCAACGACCUGGGCUCCAACAUGACCAUCGGGGCUGUGAACAACAGGGGCGAGUUCAGUGGCACCUACCACACAGCUGUAGCAGACAUGCCAAAUAACAUCACAAAGUCACCGCUGCUUGGUAUCCAAAACAACACGGUCUGCCAGCCCACCUUUGGCUUCACAGUCCGUUGGAAUUUUUCAGAGUCCACCAGUGUCUUUGUGGGCCAGUGCUUCAUAGACAGGAAUGGGAAGGAGGUCCUGAAGACCAAGUGGCUGCAACGCUUAAGUGUUGGUAACCUUGGCGAUGACUGGAAAGCCACCAGGAUUGGCAACAACGACUUCACUCGCAUGCACACAGGGAAGAAUGAGGAUGACCCCGAGAGUCCCACAUCAGCAACAGUGCUGGAGUGCUGACACUGCUUGUGACAUUCCUCCCAAUAAAGCCUUACAUCAG